AUGGCAUCACGCAAGAAACUAAUCGAAAAGUAUUGGAAGCGCUUCGAGGUGAAGACGAAGGAGUUCCUGAGCAGCACAUCGUUGCAGGGCAUGAAAUAUAUUUGGAACAACAGCCUUCCAAGUUGGGUGCAGUUCUAUUUUGGUAAAAUCUUUCUGGUUUCCGUUUAUGUGGCCAUCAAUCUGGCCGUGAAUGUGUUUAAUCGUUGGGAGAGCACGCCUGUCAUCAUUGGGUACAGCUCCAAGAUGACAUCCAUACAGGAUAUUCCCUUUCCGGCCAUAACGGUCUGCGAUAUGAACAAGGCCAAGUACUCCAAAGUGAUCAAUUUUACAGUGGGUUCCUUGGAGUAUGCCAUGCUGCAGAAGGCUUGCUUUCAGGACAUGAAUUUUACGCAAUAUAAAGCGAUAAAACCACGUUCCAAAAAUGAUACUUUUCCCAAUUUCAUUGUCGCUGUGAGUCACAAGUGUGAGGAUAUGAUUGUGUCCUGCAUGUUUGAGCAAAAGAAUGUUCCUUGUACCGACAUCUUUCGAGAGUUCUUUGUCGACGAAGGUCUCUGCUGUGUCUUUAACUUUCUGCAUCCCUAUUAUCUCUACAAAUAUAGUGCACCUUAUAUACGGGAUUAUACUUCGUCGAAGGGACUGUCGGACAUCGCUGUUGAUUGGAAUCCCAUUAAAGGUUAUCCCAAGAAUCUCCCUGCUGGCUAUUAUCCUCGUCGUGGAGUGGGCACAGGAGUGGACAAUGGUCUGCAGAUUAUACUAGAUGGACAUACAGAUGAUUAUUAUUGCUCUUCCACAAAUGGACAGGGAUUUAAGGUGCUCCUUUACAAUUCCAUUGAUCAGCCCAGAUUGAAGGAAUCGGGUCUCCCCGUGAUGCUGGGCCACGAGACCAACUUCCGUUUGAUGCCCAGCAGUUUUGAGGCCACGCCCAAUUUGCGCAGCAUCGAUCGCAAAAAGCGUCAGUGCAUCUUCACCGACGAGCAGGAACUGCUCUUCUAUAGAUACUACACUCGCCGUAAUUGCGAAGCGGAAUGUGAUGCUCAGUAUUUCUAUAGACGCUGCGAUUGCAUUCCAUAUCAUCUGCCUUUGGUUUAUCGCAAUGCCAGCGUUUGUCAUGUGCGGCACUUUGAUUGCUUGAUUCAAGCAGAACUGCAAAUUGUGGACGAACAGAGUGCUGCAUGCAAGGAACUUUGUUUGGCCAGUUGUCAUGAUGUCUCCUACUUUCCCGAUCCCUUCUCCAUACCCUUUCAUCAGAAGGGCAUUCGGGUCACUAAUGAGUAUCUCAAGCACUUCUCCACGGAGUAUAUUCGCAAAAAUUUGGCCGUGGUCAACUUCUAUCACAACGACAACUUGUUUCGCAGCAAUAUGAAGUCCUCUUACACAGGAAUCACUGAGUAUAUGUGUAAGUGUAGCUAA